AUGACAAACAGUAACACAAUAUACAACCUCAGCUCCUAUAAACUAUCGCAAAGUCAGCUUAACAUUUUAAACAAAGGUCUAUCUUUCUCACCGAGUCAGCCAUUUAAUCUACAAGAUCAUCUCUCCUUUCUAAAUCAGUAUGAUGCGUUCAGCAACUCACUUAGAGAUUUAGCUCUCACAGAUAAUGACAGACCACAACAUACCCCAGAUUUAAGUCUCAACAGUGUAACCCAGCACUUAUAUAGAGAAAUGAAGUUCCUCAAAGGUUCAACACAACCACAUUACCCACCAUACUUUACUACUAAUAUCGCAUCAGUUGAAAAUUUCAUUGAGAGUACGAAAAUUGAAAUAGACAAACUCCUUAGUAAAAUUACAUCAAAGCAGAAAGAAAAUACAUCCAAACAAGAACUCAAAGCGAUAAAAUCGUUAAAAAAAUCAAACCUAGUUAUAAAACCGGCUGACAAGAACUUAGGCAUAGUAGUGAUGAAUAGCAAUGACUUUGUCGAGCAAUGCCUGAAGCAACUGACAUCAAACACAUACGUCAGAGUAGAAACCGUGCCAGAGGAAGAAAUAAAAAAGAAAAUACAAAACACUCUCGUCAAGUUUAAAAAUCAAUUUGGCGCCUCAAAUAACAGAUUAUAUCGCUUUUUACAACCAAACCAGAAAUAUCAAACUCCUAAUUUCUACGGACUUCCCAAAAUGCAUAAAGAACUAGAUGUGAAUGGGCUACCUCCACUCAGACCAAUAGUCGCACACAAUAAUUCUCUAUUGUCAAACACAGCAAAAUUUAUUGACCACAUCCUACAACCACUUGCACAAGCAUAUAAUGAUUACCUGAAAAACUCAACUCAACUGAUCUCAUAUCUAGAAACGUCAACAAUACCAAAUGACAUCAUACUAGUAACACUAGAUGUCAAGAGUCUCUACACAUCUAUCCCUCAAAGCGAAUGUCUAGAAUCAGUCAGAAAUGAAAUGUUCAAUCACCAAGAUCUCAUAAUUUUUGAUCCAGAUUUAAUAACACAUCUUCUCAGCAUUAAUCUAAAUAAUAACUAUUUCGAAUUUAGUAAAAAAGUUUUUCUUCAAGUCAUAGGAACAGCAAUGGGAGCAGCCUUCUCUCCGACAGUAGCCAACAUCUACAUGUCUGUCCUCAUUAAAAGGUUCCUAUCUUCAACCACUGAAAAGCCAUUCUUCUUUAAACGCUACAUUGAUGACAUCAUAAUGCUAUGGCCCAAACAUCAAGACCUUAAUAAUUUUUUUAAUAAACUAAACAAAUUCCACCCAAACAUCAAGUUCACCAUGUCGCAGUCAGAAACAACUAUCAAUUUUCUUGACAUAACCAUCUACAAGGGUGAAGAUUUCUCUGAAACAAAUAAACUCAGCAUUAAAACAUAUCAAAAAGAAAUUAAUCGAUACCAAUACCUUCACUUCAACUCAAACCACCCAAUACAUAUAUUUAAAGGCCUCAUUAUUGGCGAAACAAUAAGAUACGUUCGCACCAACUCUACUAUAAUUGAAUAUAAGAAACAAAUAAAAAGAUUCACUGAACGUCUCAUCAGCCGAGGAUACAAAAUUAACUUUAUUAACACAGCAAUAAGAAGUGUGAACUACAAAAAUAGGGCUAAAUACCUUCAAAACAACAACAACAACACCACAACAAAGCAACGCCUGCAACAACCCAUACUAAAAUGCACUCCACCACCAAACUUCAUCUGCAUAAAAAGAAUUAUUCUUGAACAAUUUCAUGAAUACAAUUUAUCACGAUACAGCAAAGAACCAUUAUUUGUAACAUUGAAAAGCAACACUUUGAAAGAUAUCGUCGUCCACAGCAAGCAUAGACCAUCAACAAAAGAUUUACGAAAAAUAACAGAAAAAACCAGCCCGAUACCACAACACAACCAACCAAAAAGAAUUGUCACUUUGAGAACAGCAGGACCAAACAAAUGCAACAAAAAACGCUGCAGUACCUGCAACCAUUUCAACUCGUCUGCAAUUUUUAAAAGCACAGCAAACAAAAGACAAUUCAAGAUAGAACAUCCCUUCACGUGCACUAGCAGCAAUGUCAUAUAUCUCAUCACAUGUCUCAAAUGCCAGAAACAAUACGUUGGGAAAACAUCAAAAACAUUACGUGAACGAAUUUGCCACCAUCGAUCAAGUAUUAACAACAACGAACCCAGAUACAUCAGUAAGCAUUUCAAUCUACCUGGACAUCAACUUUCACAUCUCAAAGUCCAAGUCAUUGACAGUCCAAAAUCGAACGACCCAGAAACACUUGACAGAUUAGAAACACACUGGAUUCAAUCUUUAAACACAAUACAACCUAAAGGUUUAAAUGUUUUAAGCAACCAACAGAUCUAA